CUCUCUCUCUCUCUCUCUCUCUCUCUAAUCUCAGUUGCCUCUCCAACCUUCGAAGAUCUUUUCCCAGCUGAGAAAUUUCCAAGACGCAACUCUCGCCCUCCGCAUUUUGCAGCCGUCGAUUUGAUACAAUGAGAGGCUCUUUGAUCAGAGGAGCAUUCCAAUGAGCUGUGAACCCGUGAGAUCUCCUUUGACUACAUCAACAUCUACAGUUUGAGAUUUUAUUGGUUUGAGCUUUGGCCAUAAUUUCUGAGCUCUUUCCCGGCAGCGGCGGCAAAAUAGAACUGAUUUGGAAAGUUUUUCAAGUUGGGAGGUACUGAUCAAGACUUGAAGUGAUGUUACGGGAGGGAAAUGUCUUUUUUCGUUCUUAAUAUUGAAGACUUUUGUUGAUGGAGCAGAUGUUCUUUAGAUUCCGUGUUCUUCAUCAGUGCUGAUUGGUACUGUAAGGUGGUUGUAAUGGUGCUGGAGCUAGCGUUAUCACAGUAUGGAAACUUGUUAUAUUGUUAUUCGAGGACUUAAGUGCUUUAAUUAAGAAAAUGACAUCAUUUAGAAGAAGCACUUCGAUUGUGCAUCGAGAUGGGUCUGUACCCAGCGAUGAUGAAACCUUGGAUACUUCCCCUUCUCCCAAGCCAUCUCAUACAAGGACCUACUUGAUCUUGGGAAGAUUACUGAAUUCGUUGCUGAGUUCAUUGGAUUUUCUUACGGAGUCUGAUAGAGUUAUAACAGCUGUUCAUAAUGUUUUUUUCCAGAGAUCUUCUCGACCAGUGGAAAGGUCAAAAGCCAAAGGUUUAUUCAUGAAAGGUGCAGUCUUCAGGUUUUUUAUCUGUUUUGUGGUAGGGAUAUUUAUUGGUUUUACCCCAAUUCCCAUGGUUGACAUAUCCAAGAAUAGUUUUUCCAGACAUAGGGCCUUUUCUUUCCAUGAGGAGCCAGUGAUUAGAAAUUUUCAGAAGGGUAAAAAUUCUGUGGGCAAUGAUAUUUUAACUACUCAGAAAAGUUUCCUGAGAGAAGACAUCAAUACAGGGGCUUCAACCAAAUUGGAGUUGACAAGUAAUAGUCUGAAUUUGUCCUCCAGUCUGUCUUCAACUCAUGAUUUCACACUAGUUUCUCGCAAGCUUUUGAUAAUUGUAACGGCUACAUAUGAUCGGUCGUUUCAGUCAUUUCAUCUAAACCGUUUGGCCCAAACAUUGAGAAAUGUGCCACAUCCUCUUCUAUGGAUUGUUGUGGAAAUGUCAUUGCAAUCUGCUGAAACAGCAAAAAUAUUGAGAGAUACAGGAGUCAUGUACAGACAUCUUGUUUGUGAUCAGAAUGUGACCAGCGUGAAAGACAAAGGCAUCCAACAAAGAAAUGUUGCACUUUCUCAUAUUGAAAAACAUCAGCUUGAUGGUAUUGUGCUUUUUGCUGAUGAUGACAAGAUAUAUUCACUUGAGCUCUUUGAUGAAAUGCAGGAAAUCAG